AUGCAAAAUCUACAGUCUCCGCUUCCCCCUGCUGAUGAGCAGUCUACGAAGCGCGCCAAACGGCCACGCGCUGCGCAGGCGUGCGACCGAUGCAGGCUGAAGAAGUAUAAGUGCGAUGAGCAAUAUCCCUGCUUGCAUUGUAAAAAAAGCGACCUUGUCUGCGUGUACCAGGGCAAUUAUCGAGAGCGCGAAAGCAGUCGCUCGGCAACCUAUGUCGUGGACCUCGAGAAAAAGGUCGAGGAGCUGACAUCAAAACUUCGUGCGGUGGAGGGCCGCCCAGUCGCCAUAUCGGGAACAUCUCCGGCUGUCCCCAAAAUUCCCCUCACUCAACCAACAGCCGGAGCCGAAACUACUCCAUGCUCCAUGCCCCGGCAUGGAUCCACACCCCGGGAAAUAGCCAAACUACCCGAGGGACGUGAGGAGUCCGCCGAGAGCGCAGAUGACGAGCUCAACGAGUUCAAUCACCAUACGAACGGCGUUGAAUUCCACGGCAGUACAUCUUCGGCUGCAUUUCUUGGCCAUCUUAAAAAAACGCGCGAGCCCAAGGGCCAGGUAGAACCAUAUCCUCGUGCAGCUGAUUACUCACUCAUCUCGACACUUCACAAUCCGAGCUUCUCGCCAUCAUGCACCGCAGGACCGGCGCAGAUGCUGUCAAUUGAACAGCAGAAUUAUUACUUCGAUCAAGCUCAUAUCUUUAUGAAUGGAUAUUUCGAGAACAUUCACUUCAUCCAUCCUCUGAUUGAUAAGGAGGACUUCCUUUUGCGCGCUAAUGACUUAUGGUUUAACCGAUCACGUGCCCCUGAGCCUAGCUUUGUUGCGUUGUACCUGAGUAUUCUAUCCUUUGGGUCAUUGGUGCGAGUUUGGGAUGAAGGUACCCUGGCUGGCCUGGGGCGCUUCGAAUGGAGUCGGAAGCUGUUUGCCGAGGCGCAGGUUUACUUGAAUCAUCUGCGAUUUUCAAACGAUAUUGAGACAGUCCAGUGUCUCUAUAUUAUGGCGAAAAUUUGCCAGAACGAGCUCAAUCCUAACCUCGCUUAUAUGUAUCUUGGUCUGGCUGUGCGUACAUGCCUGUCUGCUGGUUUCAAUCGAGAGGUUCCGUGUCCAGGGGAUAAUGCGCAACGUGCCGGUUGGAUAUCGAAGACUUGGUGGGGUCUGUUCUCUCUGGAAAUAGAAAUGAGCUUCUCAGUUGGACGCCCCGAUACCCUUGGAAUGGAUGAAUAUCACAAUCGCGCAAUUCCAGAGCGAGAUGACUCCGAGUUCGCCAUCAUUCCAUGGAUGAUCGACUUUGCACAGAUCAUUCGACGGGUAUCCGUCCAGAUCUACCAUUCUCGCAUUUCAUUGCAAGAGAAAUUACAACUUGCCCUUCAGAUCGAAAUGGAGAUGGAUCGAUGGCUCGCACGACUGCCAGAAAAGAUCAAGCCAGAUAUCGGUGGUUAUAGAUUGUCCCGCAGUGCUUUGCGUGAUCCAAAGUGGGCACGAAGACAACGGCUUGUGUUAGGAAUCCGGUACUAUAAUGUCAAGAUGCUGCUCUUCAGACCUUUCUUGAGCCAUUUCACUCGCAAACUAAGACAUCCGCCAAACGAAUUGGACCAGACAAUUGACAAAUGCUUGGAUGCAGCCAUGAAGACUAUCCAGGUCAUCCAUGAUAUCUACCGAGUUCACACUUUCUUCCGAUGCUGGUGGUACAACACAACCUACGUGAUGUUCGCCACAUCCACGCUUCUUCUUCCAAUGUCCAAGCUUGGCAUGAGCGCCGAAACUAUGCCUCUACUCCAAUCUGUGGAAAUGGGCGUGGAAAUAUUAGAAGCUAUGGAUGAGUCCGUGGUGGCUCGCAAGUCAGUAGAAAUCAUCAGACAAUAUAUUAGGGAUUUCCGAGCCUCCGGUGCACCCCAACCGACAGCAGGGACGGCAGAGGGCGAACAAAUCCCCGUAUCUGCGGAAGCAAGCCACGGGCCAGGAUUUGAAAUUCCCGAAUGGGCCUACGGCUUCGGCUUCCCAGAUUACUCUUUCGAGGGUAUUGCUCGUCUAUUCGACGAUAUUGGAGGACUACCAAUGUUAGAUGGGUAA